UAGCUCUGCCGGGCAUGGCUUUGGGUGCGACGUCAGCCCUCUCUGGGCCUCAGUUGCCACAUAUGUAAAUCAAGAACAAGAGUGAGCAAGAUGGUGAUUUGGCCUGUCCCCUGUGCAUGAUAAACUUUUUUUGUGGAUCUGGGUGUGUCAAACCAGGACAUGCUAGGAGGAGGGUCUGGUAUCAUAACAGCUCACUGCUGACUUACCCUUAAAGUGUCUCCGUGAAUUGCUAAGGUGGACGGCCUCUGGUGUUUUUUGUUUUGUUUGUUUUGUGACACCUUAAAAACAAACAAGGAAAAACCCUUAGCAGAAUGUAGGAGUUUGCACUUAGCCUUGUUAUAGUCAUCUGGAAGGUAGAGCUUAAUUUUCCCUAAUUUGUCAAGAAGUGAUUUGGGAUUCUUAGUCUGCUGUCUUGUUCGUUAAUAUCCCCUCUGAACUUGAUUUCCUCUUUGAGUUGGAUCAUCGAGUUUUACAUUCCAGGAAGUGCUGAUCAGUAGGACAUCACCCCUCCGAAUGUCACUCUUCCUCCAGAGGGUUUAGUUGUUGAGGUCUGCAUAAAUUUCUCCCUGCCUGCUGAUCAUUUCUCCUAAGUGUCCUGAAGACCCUGGUGACAGGAGAUGGGGCUCGAAAGUGGCUCUCAGCUGCUGUGAGAGGAGCAGAGGUCUGCUUUUCUCCUCCGAUGUAUUUACCCUAAGUUGCUUUGGCCAGGCCCUGGGCCGGUUAGGAUAGGGAAUCGCUCUGGAGUUGUACCUAGUGGAGCUCAUAAUGAGAAGCAGACACGAAACAACCUAAUGCACUCUUAAUUCAGAGCAGUCCUGCUAACUAGGGCUUACUAAUGUGUGGAGAAGCCCCCAUCAGACAAGUUGUAAGGUCUAGGGGAUGAGUAAGUGGGGUCUUGCAGGGGAAGUAGGACCUACAAGGAGAAAAUGAGCAAGGCUCCAUUUCCCUUUCCAGAGUGUGGCAGACACUAAACAGGGGAGGCACACGGUCCAAAGCCCUUUUACUUUCUGAGGAUGGGAAAAUCCUGUCAGAAGCAGAUGGACUGAGCACAAACCACUGGCUGAUUGGCACAGACAAGUGUGUUGAGAGGAUCAACGAGAUGGUGACCACUGCCAAACAGAAGGCUGGAGUGGAUCCUCAGGUACCCCUUCGAAGCCUGGGCCUGUCCCUGAGUGGUGGGGAGCAGGAGGAAUCAGUGAGGCUCCUGAUAGAGGAGUUGAAGGGCCGAUUUCCCCACCUGAGUGAAAGUUACAUAAUCACCACUGAUGCAGCAGGUUCCAUUGCCACAGCUACACCGAAUGGUGGGAUUGUGCUCAUCGCUGGAACCGGCUCCAACUGUAGGCUUGUCAAUCCCAAUGGCUCCGAGAAUGGUUGUGGUGGCUGGGGCCAUAUGAUGGGAGAUGAGGGCUCAGCCUACUGGAUUUCACACCGAGCCAUAAAAAUUGUGUUUGACUCCAUGGACAACCUGGAGGCAGCUCCUCACGAUAUUGGCUAUGUCAAGCAGGCCAUGUUCAACUAUUUCCAGGUGCCAGAUCGGCUAGGAAUCCUCACCCACCUGUAUAGGGACUUUGAUAAAUCCAAGUUUGCUGGGUUUUGCCAGAAAAUUGCAGAAGGUACUGCAGGUGCACAGCAGGGAGAUCUCCUUUCCCGGUACAUCUUCAGGAAGGCUGGGGAGAUACUGGGCAAACAUAUUGUGGCAGUUUUGCCAGUGAUUGACCCGGUCUUGUUCCAAGGGAAGCUUGGCCUCCCCAUUGUGUGUGUGGGCUCAGUGUGGAAGAGCUGGGAGAUGCUGAAGGAAGGCUUUCUCCUGGCACUGACUCAGGGCCGAGAGCUGCAGGCCCAGAAAUCCUUUUCCAGCUUUACCCUGAUGAAGCUACAGCAUUCUUCUGCACUGGGAGGUGCCAGCCUAGGAGCCAAGCACAUUGGAUACCAGCUUCCCCUGGACUAUAGCAUCAAUGCCACUGCCUUCUAUUCCUAUACCUUCUAGGGCCUGCACCCCCUCCCCCAUCCAGCUGACAGUGAGUGUUAGGAGGAGGAGCUUUUUUGUUGUUGUUAAAAACACAUAUGGAAGAAAAUAAAUGCACUUUACCCCCUCCCCAGUA